CGCCGCCCGUCAAAAUAAUUUGCUGUCAAGCUGACGGGACGAUUUUAAUGCUGGUUUUGGCUGGCAAGUUGGAAUCUCCGAGGCUCUGACAUUGCUCAAGUGGAACACUCCUACUGGCGAUAGUCGGCCGAAUGCGGGCGUUACACGCCCUUCCAUCCUCUCUGACAGACUUUGCUCUGGGCUCUCGAAAGUCAAUCAACAAUAUUACCCAGUGGCUGGCUCAGUGUCUUCCACGGUUCGCCUGUCUCCCUCGCCCGACUACUGGUCAGCCUCUGGACCAAGCCUGACUUCAUCCCGGGCUGUCCGUACGCUGCAGUGGCACUGGCGCUGGCAGAUCGUGCCAGUGGGUGUCGGCGCGGAUUACACCACGAUCUUCUCCACGGGUUGCUGAUUCAUAUUAUUAUUAUUACUCCUCGAAUCUUUUCGGCGCGCCCGCAUCUGAACUUGAGAACCAGAAUAUCUAUCUAUACUGCUGGCACACUUCUACAUCUACUGUUCCCUGCUCCAGCCUGUCAUAUAAAGCCUUCGUUAUAGGCAGUUUUGUAUUCUUUAUUGCCUCUAGGCCCCCCCCGUGUGCUGACCUCGCCCGCCGCAAACGCGAGUCAGCUCGAGUUCGCGAGUGACGUUUCCAUCCCCUCGCGGCGACCCAGCAAGGCCUCCACUGGCACAGCAGUCGAGAUGAGCCAGCUUUAUAGAACCCUGACCGGCCAAUCGCAAAAAUCGCAAAAAUCAGAUCAGUCUCAUCCGUCUAUACCUACGCAGCCGCCCUUGUCGAGGACGACCACGGGAGACCCGUUGUCCGGCACCCUCAACCAUCUGACGGCGGCGCAGGAAGAGAAACUCGAGGAAUUCAAGCAACGACUUCAAAAGGGAGGAUGGUGGACACCGGACGGAGUCAAUGGCAAACCCAGCCAUGAUGAUGGGACACUACUUCGAUACCUGCGAGCGCGCAAGUUCGACGUCAAUGGCGCGAUUGGCCAAUUCACCGACCACGAGAAAUGGCUGAAAGAGCAACGAGUGGAGGAGCUAUAUGACCAUUUCGACGUGGAAGCAUAUGAAAAGGCUCGACUGGUGUACCCGCAAUGGACUGGUCACCGUGACAAGCGAGGGAUCCCUAUCUAUGUGUUUCAAAUCAAAGGUCUGGACAACAAGAACGUGCAGAAAUACCAAAAGGACUCGCAGGCCUACAAAGACAGUCUGCCUUACCACAAGACCCUAUCGACACCAGCCAAACUAUUACCUCUUUUCGCUCUGUAUCAAAACUUGCUCAACUUUGUCCUGCCUUUGGUUUCCACCCUCGAACGACCGAAUCCUGAAGUGCCCGUCACGAACUCGACCAAUAUUGUGGAUAUCUCGGGAGUGGGAUUGACCCAGUUCUGGAAUCUCAAGGGCCACAUGCAGGAUGCCAGUAUCCUGGCCACCGCGCAUUAUCCGGAAACUCUGGACAGGAUCUUUAUUAUUGGAGCCCCGUCUUUCUUUCCUACUGUCUGGGGCUGGAUCAAACGAUGGUUCGAUCCCGUCACUGUAUCCAAGAUCUUUAUUCUCAGCAAACACGACGUGAAACCUACACUGUCCAAGUUCAUGGAGACAAAGGACUUCCCGAAACGGUACGGCGGUGACUUGGAUUGGGAAUGGGGUGAUCUUCCCGACUUGGAUGCCGAGACGCGCGCCGCGGUCGAAAAGGACGGAAACAAAGGUUGGGUAAAAGGGCCAUGUUUGUGGCUCGCCGGCCAGAGAUUGGUGGUCGGGUCCGAAAAGGGCAAACUCAGGUGUCCGGACGGCGAAGUCGAGAAGAGGAAGCCUAUUCAAUACGCCGCAGAUUAUACUGAACUGCCAGUCCAUCCGGACAAGAAGUUGUCGAAAAUGGCCGGCCAACUUCACGCAAACGUAACUCACGACACGUCGUCGGCGCAUCACCGUGCCGAAGAAGCCGCCAUGGAUAUGGGCGAGGCGACAGGCGGUGUAUCGGCUGCCAACAUCAUUGCCACCGAAUCGAAUGCCGAACAGGUACCGAUAACGUCGCAAACGGAACUCUACAGUGCGCAGAUGCUGGAAUCGACCACAACCACGGCCUCGACUCAUCCUCAUUCCCAGCCUCAUCAUUCUCAUCACAAUCCAUUCCACAAUCGUCACCACCACCAUCAAAAACAUAAUAAGCAUGGCCAUCACAACCGUCAUGACGCACCACACCAUGAACUUCCUACCUCUUCUGUUUCUACUACCUCUCAUGUCCCGCCGCCGUCAAUGCCUCAACCAGGGCCGGUACCAACGCACGCCGUAGCCAUGACUCAAGCGAUUGCCUCCAAACUCACCGAUGAAUCUGUGUCAGUCAUUCCUGCUACUGCGGGCACCGACAGCAAUAGCACUGGCGCCGCCAAUGGCCAUGCCGCGGAGCCGUCGUCUGCUGCCGCCCGUCCAGAAAUGGUGGUCGCCAGCGAUCCGUCCAAGGGUUUGGCCAUUGAAGCCGAAAAACUCACUCUCGCCACGGAUGAGGAGGGUGGUCGUGCUGUGAACGGUACGGGAAGGGUGGACAAGGAAUCCGACGAUGUGCAUCUUUCGCGACCACCGAUUGAACGAUUUGUGACGGCUACAGAAGUAUAAACCAAACGAAACGUUAUUCAUAUUUUUUGCAUUUCAAGCCUGGAUUCCACGUGGGCAGGGUUGUAUUGAUGUAAGAUGGCCAUACUAGGAGACCCUGCAUCUAGCGCACGCAAUUUGAGAGUCCAAGUCAGGAGAAGGGCAAUGUGGACGAAGCAAGCAUAUCUUGGAUGAUCGAUGGAGGUCAAGCAGUUCUCUUACUAUCUUCAAGAGUGAGUGAUUGAUCCCAGGACCGGAUCAAUUCGAGCAUUGCAGUGGAGGGGCGAACUUUAGUCCUGUCAAAGAACAUCGGGCUAGCAUGACUUGCCUCGGAGGUUUCACUACGGUUGGAAAGUGUGACAGAUCUUGAGUCGAGUCUCUGGUUCGACGAUUAUGAAGGUACAGUGGGUGGUUGGAUCAAUGUGCUGUAUGGUACUGAUGAGUCAGCUUUUGUUCUGGCUACAAUAGAUGAAUCUGAUCGAGCACCGAUGGCAAGGAAGGGUCUAUCUCUCUAUCUGCCAUAGCGGUGGAAAUAUGUGACAGCGCAUACUUUGCUCUUUUCAAGAAGUGCGCGUCGUAGCAAUGAAUCCAGUACGACUGUCACUGCUGUGCUGAGACCAUCUGAGUGUUCUAUAACGUACAACUCCAUAGGUAUAAAAUAGGGGGCGGAAUCGGAAACGGGGAGCGUGUGAUGCUGAGCGCUCGCUUACCAGGUACUAUAGGCUGUUGAACAGUAGUUGGGAUUCUAAGACACCUUGAACGCACUGCA